CACACAACAAUAAUGAAUGGAAACACGUCGUAGCCAAGAAAGUUGAGCAGCAACUUAAAGUCACUGUUGUCGGCAUUUUGAAAGUUAACUCUGAUAAGUUAUGGAUUGUCCUGGAAAAUUAGGAAACGUUUUCUGGAAGAGAAAGAAGAUGUAGUUUUAUUGUUACUUUUAAAAGUAAGUUUUUUGAAAGGGGAGACUACAGUGGGACACACUGUAAACCUAGGCGCGUGAGUAAGUGUAAAUGGCAUUUUGGGACAUUAAUACGAGACUUCUGCACUGUCAGCUUUUUAUCUCGGUUUGGAGUGGUGGAUUAUUUGGAUUAACCAGUUAAUUCAUUGUUGGGAGUACUUUGGAGAUUUUUUUAAAACUUGGAUCUAUCAUCACCGUGAGAAGCCGAAGGAUUGUUUUCAAGCUGACUGUAGAGGAUACAAUCUAGUCAAAAAUGGGUAACAUUGAAAGUGUGGACGGCCAGUCGGAGAUGAAGCAUCACAUCAUGCCUCUGAAGGUGCCCAUGCCUGACCCCACUGAGCUGGAGGAGAAAUUUGCCAUUGUUUUGAACUCUAUGAACCUGCCUCCAGACAAAGCCCGGCUCCUCAGACAGUACGACAACGAGAAGAAAUGGGAUCUGAUUUGCGACCAGGAGAGGUUUCAGGUGAAGAAUCCGCCACACACCUACAUCCAGAAGCUACGAGGCUAUUUAGACCCUGGAGUCACACGAAAGAAGUUUCGCAGGCGGGUGCAGGAAUCUACUAAAGUCUUGAGGGAGCUGGAGAUCUCACUGAGGACAAACCACAUCGGGUGGGUCAGGGAGUUCCUCAAUGAUGAGAACAGAGGUCUCGACGUCCUGGUGGAGUACCUCUCCUUUGCCCAGUGUGCUGUCAUGUUGGAUUUUGAGGGGCUGGAGAAUGGGGAGGAUGGCUUCUUGGACAAGGCUAAAUCUUGGAGCAGGUCCAUUGAGGAUCUGCACCAUACGACUCAACCCUUCUGCAACACGCUGGUGCGCUCUGCCCGCCAGUCUGUCCUCCGCUACGGCACAGUUUCCAACAGCAAAACCAUCAAGAACUCCCGCCUUGUGAGCCAGAAAGAUGAUGUGCAUGUGUGCAUCAUGUGCCUGAGGGCAAUCAUGAACUAUCAGUACGGCUUCAAUAUGGUCAUGUCUCACGCACACGCAGUCAAUGAAAUUGCUCUCAGCUUGAACAAUAAAAACUCACGGACAAAAGCCUUGGUCCUUGAGCUGCUGGCCGCCGUCUGUCUCGUCCGAGGAGGUCACGAGAUCAUCCUGUCGGCGUUUGACAACUUCAAAGAGGUGUGUAAGGAGAAGCAUCGCUUCGAGAGACUGAUGGACUACUUUCGCUGUGAGGAGGGAAACAUCGACUACAUGGUCGCUUGCAUGCAGUUCAUCAACAUCGUGGUCCACUCGGUGGAGGACAUGAACUUCAGAGUCCAUCUGCAGUUUGAAUUUACCAAGCUGGGACUGGAUGAUUACCUGGAGAAAUGCAAACACACGGAGAGUGACAAGCUGUCGGUGCAGAUCCAGGCCUACCUGGAUAACGUUUUUGAUGUGGGUGGUCUGCUGGAAGACGCGGAGACGAAGAAUGCAGCCCUGGAGAAGGUGGAUGAACUGGAGGAGCACCUGUCCCAUGUGACGGAGAAGCUGCUGGAGGUUGAGAAUGAAACGAUGAUGAAAGUGGCCGAUCUGGAGAAGCUGCUCCUUCAGAAAGACAAGGACCUGCAAGUGAUACGGGAGACCUACGAGUCGACCAACACCCAGGUCACCACCCUGAGGAGGGUAAUCAAGGAGAAGGACGCUGCAUUCCAGAGGCACUUCAACAUCGAGAGGCGGCUGCUGGAGCUCGAGCAGCAAGGCACCAUUCGUUUGCACAAGAAGCCUGAUGGAGACAUCUCCAUCGAACCGCUGGGUGUGGGCGGUGGUGGGAGCGGCAGCCUCGGGAUCCCCCUGGGUAAAAUUGGGCCUCUGUCUCUGGGUCCGUCAGAUGGAUUAACCGAACCAGGAGGACCAGACUCCAGUUUACCACCAGCCAGCGAAGCUCCUCCGCCUCCUCCCCCACCUCCACCACCUCCUCCUCCUCUCCCCUCUGCCUCAGGUCAGAAUGUACCAGCCCCACCACCACCACCUCCUCCCGCUCCACCUCUGCCAGAUGCUUCUCCGUCUGUCUUCCUGAGUCUGGGCCUCUCAGCUAUCAGAAUCAAGAAGCCUAUCAAGACCAAAUUCCGCCUGCCUGUGUUCAACUGGACGGCCUUGAAGCCCAAUCAGAUCAAUGGCACGGUCUUCAACGAGAUUGACGAUGAACGUGUGCUGGAGGAGCUGGAUCUGGAGAGGUUUGAGGAGCUGUUUAAGACCAGAGCCCAGGGUCCGAUUGUGGAUCUCUCCUGCACAAAGAACAAAGUAGCCGCGAAGGCGGUAAACAAAGUCACCCUCCUCGACGCCAAUCGCUCCAAGAACUUAGCCAUCACUCUGCGGAAGGCCAACAAGACCACAGAAGAGAUCUGCAAAGCAAUAGAGAAAUUUGACCUCAAGGCCUUACCUGUGGACUUUGUGGAGUGCCUGAUGCGGUUCCUCCCCACGGAGGCGGAGGUGAAGGUGUUGCGUCAGUACGAGCGUGAGCGGCGUCCGCUGGACCAGCUCGCUGAGGAGGAUCGCUUCAUGUUGUUAUUCAGCAAGAUCGAGAGGCUCACGCAGAGAAUGAACAUCAUCACAUUUGUCGGCAACUUUGCUGACAAUAUCAGCAUGCUCACGCCACAGCUCAAUGCUAUCAUCGCUGCCUCUGGCUCAGUGAAGUCUGCACCAAAGCUGAAAAGAAUGCUCGAGAUCAUCUUAGCUUUGGGUAACUACAUGAACAGCAGUAAGCGAGGAUGCGUUUAUGGCUUCAAAUUACAAAGUCUUGAUCUGCUGCUGGACACAAAGUCUACAGACAGGAAGAUGACUUUGCUCCACUACAUAGCUCUCAUUGUGAAAGAGAAGUACCCCGAACUGGCCAACUUCUACAAUGAACUGCACUUUGUGGAUAAAGCUGCAGCAGUGUCUCUGGAAAAUGUGCUGCUCGACGUUCGAGAGCUGGGGAAAGGCAUGGACCUGAUCAGGAGAGAGUGCAGCCUCCACGACCACUCAGUCCUGAAAGGCUUCCUCCAGUCCAGCGAUGCACAGCUGGAAAGGCUGCAGAAGGACGCCAAGACAGCAGAGGAAGCCUUCAACAAUGUGGUGAACUACUUCGGAGAGAGUGCCAAGACGACUCCGCCCUCGGUUUUCUUCCCCGUGUUUGUGCGUUUCAUCAAAGCCUACAAGGAUGCAGUGGAAGACAACGAACAGAGGAAGAAGCAGGAGCAGGCAAUGAGAGAGAAGUUGCUUGCUGAGGAGGCUAAACAGCAUGACCCCAAGGUCCAGGCCCAGAAGAAGAGGCAUCAGCAACAGGAGCUGAUCGCAGAGCUGCGCAAGCGACAAGCCAAAGACCACCGGCCCGUGUACGAGGGGAAGGACGGCACUAUUGAGGACAUCAUCACAGUACUGAAGAGCGUGCCCUUCACAGCCCGCACUGCUAAACGCGGCUCACGGUUCUUCUGUGAAGCCAACCUCUGCGACGACGCCAACUGCUAGCCCUCCCCCCCUAAUGCCAAGGUUGUCCAGAUCUCCGAAACCAGCCUUUCCUGCGAGCUGACGCGUUGAUCCGGAGCGGUUGGAAGAGACCCUAAACCACUUACUCGUCACUUAUACUUCUCCCCUCCCCGCUAUAACCUUCCUCCCUGUGUCCCGAUUGGUCCGUCUCAACCCUGAGGCCGCAGAUCACAAAGACUGAAAGAGAGGGACAGGACAGAGCCCUUGUUUUAGCUGGGUAAUUUAUUUAUUUAUGGAGGCCCUUUUACAGCCACUUUUAAGUGAGCAGGCGUCAUUACGGAAGCACAAUGGGGUCACUCCUGUCUCACUGCAAACACAAGACUUUCUCCUGCUCUGUUGCCGUUGAGACCAACUGGAGGACGACUACAAGACAGGUGAGGUGAAUCGAGGACUGGAAGCAAGUGCCUGCCAACGUGUGGAUCUUACUCCCCAAACCGUUAAUUUCCUCAGAUUAUGCAGUCGUUGCAGGACAUGGACUGGGAGGCAGCCAAGGGAAGAUGCCAACUCUGCUGCUGGGGUGUUUGCCUUGAAGACACUUGCAAAGCCUUCCUCCACAUAACAUAUUAUAAUGAGACAUGUGGGGGACUGUUUCCUAACAUUAAGCCAAGUCAAUACAUGCAAUCAAGACUUAUUAUUGACCGUUUGUUUGUUAGCAAUCUCAUGUAUCUGGGAGAAAAGACCAUGGACUCUACUGUUUUUUGUUUUUUGGGGACGAGCUAGCCAAACCAAAAUUCCUUGAAUGUCUCAUGUUUUGCUUAAGAAGUGCCUUUUUUUGUGUAUGUGUGUAAACAGUGUUAUUUCUCAUGAGUCAGCCAUAAUUUGUUCAAUUUACAUCUUUCAUUUGUUAAAGAUUGUAUUUUUUAUUGCCUUGUACUACAACAUUAGCCUUAUAAUACUGACAACUAGGGAUGCACGAUAUUGGAUUUUUGCUCAUAUCCCAUAACUUCCAACUCAUUUUGGCCGAUGGCUGAUUGUACAUUUUUUUCUCGCAUUGAAAUUUAAAGAAUUUCCAAUUCCUACUCUUAUAGACGUACACUGCUUUUCAAAAUGUAUACACUCAUAGGGCUGAAUAAGAAAACUGCUCAGUAGACAGUUUGCAUCAUUUUCGCUUAAUGAAAGCAUCAUCCUCUUGGCAGAAAUAUUCACUUCGGGCCGGUGCUGAUAUUUAACUUCCAAGCCUUUAUUAGCCGACGACCGAUAUUAUCGUGCAUCCCUACUGACAGCAAUAUGCAACCGUUUAGAUUUCCAUCAUUACAGGCGAACAACAGCUAAAAGGUAAGGGGAAUAAUGAUUUUAGAGGUUUCUCAUUUAUUAACUUCUCAUCUUAAAGCUCAUGACUUGUCCAAGUAGGUCUUUAACAAACUGAAUGUUAUACGCUUUGACGACACUCCCCAUCAUUUGGGAGGUGACAUAUGUAUGAAGAAGAUUCCAGAUGGACUGCUGGGGGCCAAGAUGACGUUAACCUGCUACAGAUGUGGUGAUGGAUGAAGGACGUUUCCAUUCCUAUGAGGGCUUUAAGUUUUUUUUGUUUGUUUGUUUAUAAGAGAUGAUGCGAUUCCUCCUAACAGCUGUUUUCAGACUUACAUUGGCACAAAAGGGAGCGCUUUACACUACUUAAUUUGGCAUAACAUUGUAUGAGACACUAUUCUUUAUAUUAAUGUACAUUCAAAUCAAGAAGUCUACUUUUUAGAAGAAGUGAUAAAAGAUAUUGUCUGUUGACUGAAAGAUGAAACUUCCUGUUUAAUAAAUAAGAUGAAUUAUGAA